CGACACUGCCAAUGACUGGGCGCUUUCCUUGCGUGGUUAAGUGUUGUCUCUUUUUGUCAGUUAUCACAAGAGUUGCACAUGGUGGUGAACAUUUCUUGUGAGGUAGCAGCGUAAACAAACAUGCUAGUUCUGUGGCGACAAAUUGUUACAGGGUGAAUAUUUUUCUGCCAUGAGAGCUGACCAACAGAUCAACAGUCCCCAUUCCUUCUGCAGUUGAUGGAUCUGCAGCUGGUACAGAGAUGACAGACAGUGUCAGGGCCUUCCUCCGCAAUGUUGCGACGGGGAUCAAGGAUUCCAUACUCGGGAUUGGAACCAUCUCCAAGCUGGAUGCCCGCAUCCAGCAGAAAAGGGAGGAACAGCGGCGAAGAAGGGCCAGCGGGGCUUUGGCACAGAGACGGGCUCAAAGUGAGGAGCGUAAACCUGACAAUGACCCCAAAGUAGCCAGCAGGAUCUUUCAGUGCUGUGCCUGGAAUGGAGGAGUCUUCUGGCUCAGUCUUUUUCUCUUCUACCGGGUGUUUAUCCCACUACUCCAGACUCUAUCUGCAAAAAUUAUUGGUGACCCCUCGCUCCAUGGCAAUGUCUGGUCAUGGUUGGAGUUCAUCCUGACAUCUGUCUUCAGUGCUCUGUGGGUUCUCCCACUGUUUGUCCUCAGCAAGAUUGUCAACGCUAUCUGGUUUCAGGAUAUAGCUGACUUAGCAUUCGAAGUGUCUGGCUGUAAAGUGCAACCAUUCCCGAGUGUGAGCAAAAUCAUCGCAGAUAUGCUCUUCAACCUCCUCCUCCAGGCACUCUUCCUCAUUCAGGGUAUGAUUGUGAGCCUGUUUCCUAUCGAUGCCAUCGGACAGAUGGUCAGUCUAUUGCACAUGUCUCUGCUCUAUUCCCUGUACUGUUUUGAGUAUCGCUGGUUCAACCACGGCAUCGAGAUGCACCAACGGCUGUCCAAUAUUGAGAGGAACUGGCCCUAUUACUUUGGCUUUGGUUUGCCCAUGGCUUUGUUGACAGCCUUGCCUUCAUCAUAUAUCAUCAGUGGCUGCUUGUUCUCCAUCCUCUUCCCUCUCUUCAUCAUCAGCGCCAAUGAGGCCAAGACACCAACAAAGCAGUAUCAUUUUCAGCUGCGUCUCUUCUCGCUGGUGGUGUUCAUCAGUAACAAGCUUUUCCACAAGACGGUCCACCUGCAGUCCUCGAUGACAUCAUCAACAUCCUCAGAGAGGCUCACAUCCCCUCACACCUCCCCAGUCCGACAAAGACUACUGCCUACUCAGUGAUGUUGAUGCUGCAUGAAGGACCCUCGCUUAAUGUGACAAAGGUUUUUCCGAAGGAGUUCCUUAAUGUGUUUUGCAGCACUGGGUUUACAUGUUUUUAAUCUAUUCUCUGCCCCUUUUUUUAAUAUUCAUUUUUUUCCACAAUGUCAGUGUGACAUAUAAUUGCUCUGUGCCUCACACUCGAAACGCAUAAUUCACUCACAAUUGUUUUCUUUUGUCAUUUUUUUUCCCACUCUCAUUUUAUAUAAUGUGCCAUUUGAGUGACUCUCCUUUAAGAAAAUAUAACACAAUAAAUCAUCUAGAAUUUGAAGGAUUUUAUUUGCUUUGAAGCAACUAGAUUGUUUUACCAGUUGCAGUAUGUGUUUGUUUGAUGGCGGAUUGUUUUACCAGUUGCAGUACGUGUUUGUUUGAUGGCGCAAGUCUCAUAUGGUCCUGUGACUGUAAAGUUAUGGUGUCCUAGCAGUUCCAGGAAAAUGGUUGAAGACAUUUUUUUUUAACACAAAACAAAAACUGUGUGACUUGUGGUGUGUGGAUUUCUGAUUUUCCCCAAGUUAAAAUGGUCCUCAACCUCUGGAAAGAUGAGCUCAUUGCAUACAAGAUGACCCCAAAACUGUUUGUAGUUAUUAUAAAUGUAUUCAAUUUGGGGAAUGAUGCCAAGCUGCAAGCACGUGUGUUAUUUCAUGUUGUACCGCUAAAACAUAACAAUAUUCAUAAAACUUCAAACAUUGACCUGCGUACUGUAAACUGUCUACUGAUGUGACGCAAGUAUGUUUCUCCUUUUAUUUGGUCUGUGUAUAUUAAAUUCUGAACGUCCAACCAACAUGCAGUAUAAUGAACCCCUCAGCACCUUCAAUGAGUUGUUACGGGGCCUGAAUUUUGACCAUACAUACAUAACUCCUAAGGGCAUAGUAGUGUUUGUGUAGACUGAUUGCGAGUGAGUUUUGUAAUGGAAAUACAUCUCAUUUUAUUUAAAGUGAAAUGGGAUUUCCCAAUGA